AUGUCAUUCUACACCCUCCCGCACGCGCCCACGAUCCCCGUGAUCGAGUUCCACCCACACGUCCCCGACGCAGCCAUCGCCGACCUCCGCCAUCGCCUGGCUUACACAGCACCCCGUGCGAGGACAUGGGAUAACACCAACGGCCCGGGACACCUAGGCACGAGCCACGACUGGGUCUCGGACAUGAUUGAGAAAUGGCGCGCCUUCGACUGGCGCGCGGUCGAGGCCGAGAUCGCCUCGUUCCCCUCCUACCACGCGACGGUAGAAUACAAGGGCUACAAGUACAAGAUCCACUUCCUGGCUCUCUUCAGCGCUAAGCGCGACGCGACGCCGAUUGUAUUCUCGCACGGAUGGCCCGGUUCCGUCCUCGAGUUCGUGCCCAUGCUCAACCACAUCAAGUCCAAGUACAGCCCGGCGACGCUUCCAAACCACAUCAUCGUCCCGGCACUGGUCGGGUACGGAUUCUCCUCGCCGCCGCCGACCGACCUCGCCUUUGGGAGUUACGAUAAUGCUGCUAUCCUGGACAAGAUGAUGGCGGGUCUUGGGUUUGGGCGUGAGGGUGGGAGGGGCGGAUACUAUGCCCAAGGCGGGGAUAUUGGGAGCUUUGUGACUCGUCAGCUCACCAAGUUUGACAGUUGCAUUGGCAUCCACCUCAACUUCUUCCCGAUGGGCGUGCCGAACGGUGCGUCGGUUGACGACCUGGACGAGACCGACGCCAAGGCCAUGGCGCGGGGCAUGACGUGGCGCCAGUGGGGCGAGGGCUACCGCGUCGAGCACUCGACCAAGCCGGCAACAAUCGGCGCAGUCCUCGACUCGUCGCCUGUCGCCGUGCUCUGCUGGAUCGGCGAGAAACUCGAGGGCAUUAACAUCAAGGACCGCGCCAAGAAACUCCACUUCAUCCUGGCCGACCUCAGCCUGUACUGGUACACCAACACGGCCGCCACGUGUAUUUGGGAAUACCGCUCUGCUUGGGGCAAGGACGGACAUAUGAACGAAGACUACCCCGCUCAUAUUGACAAGCCGGUCGGAUACUCGCAGUUCAUGCUCGAGAUCAUGCCUACGCCUAUCCCGUUCAUGAAGCGCGUCGCGAAUAUUGUGCACGCCAAGCGUCACCUCGAGGGAGGGCACUUUGCUGCCCUCGAUGAGCCUGUUGCGCUGUGGGAGGACGUACAGGAUUACGUCAAGGUUGCGAGCACGGCGGGCGCCAAGCUCUGA